CAGGCGUAGAUUGGUGGCUAAAGCGGAAGUACAAAAGAAGCGAGGGUUGGAAAUUAUUUGACAUCCUCCUUCAAAUUUUUAUUUCUUUACGUAACGGUUUUGUUUGACGACAUUACUAAACUAAAGUGAGAGUAAACAAACAUGCCAAAAAAUAAAGGUAAAGGAGGUAAAAAUAGGCGGCGUGGUAAGAACGAGAACGAAUCAGAAAAGAGAGAGCUGGUUUUCAAGGAGGACGGUCAGGAAUAUGCUCAGGUGAUAAAGAUGCUGGGAAACGGGCGGCUAGAGGCCAUGUGUUUCGAUGGGGUCAAACGGCUCUGCCACAUCAGAGGAAAGCUCCGGAAAAAGGUUUGGAUCAACACGUCUGACAUCAUCCUUGUUGGUCUUCGAGACUACCAGGAUAACAAAGCCGAUGUCAUUUUGAAGUACAAUGCAGAUGAGGCCCGCAGUCUUAAAGCAUACGGAGAGCUUCCAGAACACGCUAAAAUCAAUGAAACUGACACAUUUGGACCUGGAGACGAUGAUGAGAUUCAGUUUGAUGAUAUUGGAGAGGAUGAUGACAUUGAUGAUAUCUAAGUGAGAAGUCGUGACUGCUGGUAAGCUCUAUUGUUUACACUGAGACGGGAGGAUCUUUCUUUGUUUGGACAAAUUGCGACUUGGGUCUUUCUCAUUCGCAUCCUACUGCUGCAACCUUCAGAGAAAUACUUAGACUUAUUGCCUAUCUGUCUGUUUCUCUCUACAUCCAGCCCACAACCUCACUACACGGCUUCUGAGCAUUUUGCCUGUCAAGUAUAUCUCUUUUACACAUUAACAAACACAUUAGAAUGCAUAUUUUUCUUAUGAUUUUAAAGUAUUUAUAUUGUGUUCCGCUGUAUGUGGUGGAAUUUAAACCUCAAAGAAAUCCAGAAUUUACAAUAAAAUGUCAAACCUUUAA